AUGGACAACAGACCUGCCUCCGAGUACGCGCAGUCAGGUUCGCUCUUUCCGUAUUCACCGUCUGCCGCCGCGCAUUCUGAACUCCCAGCUGCAGACCAGGCUUCUGCUGCUGCCACUGCUCAAUACACGCCUCAGCCCGAGGUUCGCCCUACGCCUCAGUACACUCCUCAGCCCGAGGUCCGACCUGCCUCUGCCGCCGCCGGCGCUGCCGCCAAUAUUUCGUCCUCCAACACGCCGCAGUCAGACUACGGUCUGAACCAGCCUUCCGCCGCGCGCUCGCCUGCGUAUCCGGACUACCUCGCCCGCCCACCUCAAUACCAUCACGCCCCCAACACCCAGGCCGGUGGUGCGGCAGGUAUGGCUCAAGCAACAAGUCCGUCCAUGACCACCCUCCAUGAUGGACACCACAAUGACCAUCGCAAUCACGCGAACGUAAAGUCUGACGCGGACGUUCCUAUAGAUCCCUCAAUCGCGGCCUCCAGCCCUACCUAUCCUCCUCCCUAUUCUCCCUACCAGCCUCAGGGUCAUGACAUGGCCCAAUAUCAGGGCCAUCCUCCUCCACCGCCUCCUCAGAUGUACACGCGUCCGGAAUGGUCGCAUGGUUAUGGACAGCACCAACACGGUCUUCCUGGACCUUAUAGCUCUCCUGCUACAACGGUUGGUCCCGCCUCCCCUGCCGCGACCGCAGGGCCGCGCCCUGGCCAGGUCUAUUCGUUCGUUCCUAUCCCUGGUGCGCAGCAACAUAAACGACCUCGGCGCCGCUAUGAAGAAAUCGAGCGCAUGUACAAAUGCGGCUGGAAUGGGUGCGAGAAAGCGUAUGGUACUCUCAACCACUUGAACGCGCAUGUUACAAUGCAAUCGCACGGAGCCAAGCGAACUCCUGAAGAGUUCAAGGAAAUUCGCAAGGAAUGGAAGGCUCGAAAGAAGGAAGAGGAAGCUCAGCGCAAGGCUGCGGAAGAGCGUGAACGUGCGGCCGCCGCACAGGCUGCUCAAGCGAACCAGGUUGACGCUCAAGGUCCUACCGAUCCCGCUCAGGCUCAACCACCUGCUUAUGCCGGCGGCGUUCGCCCCCAGCUGCCGCCCAUCGGCUACCAACCUGCUGACGGCCAAGUGCCUGGGCAGUACGGUGGUGCCGGUGGCAUGGUGUACCAGGGCAAUGGUCAAAUGGCCUAUCCUCCCACGAACUAUCCCCACUCCCCGUACGGACAAAGCGGGCAGGUGUACCAGCAACGUAAGUAG